CUUUAGCUAACAACUAAAACAGCUUCCGUUUGUCUGCUUGUAUCACCUACUGAGAAAAUGACUAACGUUCUAAAAUCUUUGUAAUAGUCACUUUUUUAAAAUAAUAAACAGUCCUUUAUUCAUGCCAACUAACUUCUUCUUCUGAGCUAAAAAUAUACCUGGCCGUAGCUAAUGUUAGCCACCAGUGAGAGCUGACAGUUCUUGUUACACAUACUGGCUGGUUGAUUGGUUUGAAUUGAAAAUGGCAGAGGCAGUCGCAAAUGUGGCUCGGAGGAUUAAUGCAACAGUUGAGGAAGGCAAAGACAGCCUGGACCUAUCAAACUGCCAGCUCAUUUCCUUCCCAGAUGGUGUGUUCAAGGUCCUCAGGACUGUCUCAGAAAACAUCCGCAUUGUCACGUUAGCUGAUAAUAAAAUGAAGGCCAUUUCAAGCAAAUUCUUUUCAACUUUUACCCAGCUCAGAGAACUUGACCUGCAGGGCAACAUUUUCACCAAGCUGCCAGAUGAGGUUGGAGAAAUGGAACAUUUGACCAGCAUCAAUUUAGCUAAUAACAGCUUUUCCAUCUUCCCUGAGAAGCUCACUGAAAUAGCCACACUGGAGAGGAUUGACCUUGAAGGAAACAGCAUCACUGAAUUACCUUUGGAAAAGUUGUCUACCAUGCCAGCUCUCAAGUGGCUCAACAUAAAGUCCAAUCCUUUGAGCUCCAGCAUUCAGUCUGCUCUCCAAUCUCCUUACAAUUUUGAGAUUUUAUUAACAACAGAAUAAUGGAAUAUGUCACAUAUAUCCUUACAGACUGUUUGGUUUGUGCCUUUAACUAAAAGAAAAUGGAUGCAUUUGAGAACCUUAAAGUGGCAGUAUUAUGGAAAAUCUACUUUUUUGAGUUGUACAUUAUGUAAUACCCUCAUCAAAAACAUGCAUGUUAAAGAAAUUGUUUUUAUCUCCCAUGGCAGCCAUUAUGGGUGUAGAAACAUUUGGUCUCACUAAGCUUCCUUUUUCAUGGAUCUCCUCCUCAGAGCAGUGGUUUCCAAGUCGGGCUUCCGCCUCACAGAGCGCCGCCACUCAGCUCCUCCAGACUAGCGGCAGCAGAAAUUAGCAAACCCUUGUUGGAACUGUUCAUCUGCUAAGCUUAUCAUACAAGCUACCUCUCAGUGAAAUACUGGUGAAAGCAAUGUUGUGAUGGCAGAAUGUUGGAAAGAGAAGGAGCUUCUUAAAGAGACAGAGACCAAUUUCAAGAUGUUAAAUUGCAAAGUCAAAUUUCUAAGUCAUUUUUUAUUAAAACAACUGAUGGCGACAUAAUUAUUUGAUUGUGCUAUCAAUUAGCACUGUGUCUCUGAAAAAUAGAUAAUACUGCCCCUUUAAAAAGGUUUCAAGACAGAAUUUUGUUUCAAAAGAAAAAGACACACAUCUAUACAGAUGAGUUUUUGACUCUGCAACCUCAACUUUUGGAGAGUGUAGCGUCUGAUCAUACAGGAGGACUUUUUUGGAACUGUUUGAUGGACUCAAAUGCAUUAGCAGAUACACUGCCACCAAGACCUGCCUAUAUCUGGAACAUAUGUGAUAAUGUUUACUUUGGGGAGUAUGAGUUGGCCAGAUCUCUAUAAAAGGGGUGCUGUCCAGUGAUUGGACCAGUCGCUGGAAAAUGAUUAUGCUUCCUCGUGAUUCGAUAGUGCUGAGUUAGGCUGCAGUUUGUAAUAAAACUUUA